AUGAAGAUUGGCAUCAUCAACGCUGGCAAUAUCGGCUUAAAUCUCGCCGUUGGCUGGAUCCGUCAUGGGCAUGAUAUCAUGCUGAGCAAAGACACACAUCCGGAAGAACUCAGAGAGCGUACUAGAGCCCUAGCGCUGGGUCGCGGGCUCAGCGAAACUGAGCUAUCCAGAUUCCGGUACGGUUCACUUACGGACGCUGCCCAAUUCGGAGACAUUGUUGUCAUGGCCGUCUAUUUCCCACGACUUGAACCCGUGCUGGAAGAACUUCACAAAGACGGCGUCACCUUCUCGGGGAAGAUAGUGAUUGAUACAAUGAACCCACUCAACGUCGAUGCUAGCUUUAACCAUUUCCAUGAUCUCAAGUUCAUGGAGCAAACCUCCGUCACUGAGAGGCUUCAACUAGAAUUUCCAGAGGCUAUUCUAUUUAAGGCAUUCAAUAAUGUCCCAGCAGGUCUGCUUGACAUAAAGAAAUGGUCCGAUGGUAGUUAUCCAUCAAUCAUUUUUAUUGGCGGAAAGUCGGUCGAGGAUGCUGCCCAGGUUCGAACACUGAUCGAAACUUCGGGAUUCAAACCUCAAUUUGCAGGGCACGAUUUGUCGGACUCGAGAAUUUUGGAGAAACUGGGUAUAUUGGUGCAUCGCUUGGCAGACAACGAGUAUGGAGGUGACACUGGCAUUGCUAUUGGUGUAGUCAAGAGCUCAAGUGAAUGA